AUGGCGGAAGCCCUGACAACUCAGGAGCAGCUGGCUGUGGAGGAGUUCCUGGGUGAGGUGCGCAGCAGGGAGCAGCCUCACAGCGCUGGGCUCGUGUCCCAACCCACAGCUGUAAAGUUUCUUAUGGCCCGCAAGUUUGACGUCUCCAUCAUCGACCUCUUCCAAGCAUACAAGAACACAAGAAUCAAAGAGGGCAUCAUCAAUAUCAACCCUGACGAGGAGCCCCUACGCUCUGAGCUGCUGAGUGGCAAAUUUACAGUCCUGCCUGGCCGUGAUGCUAAUGGUGCCGCUCUAGCGCUCUUCACUGCUCGUCUCCAUCGGCCAGACGUCACCACCCACAGAGCGGUGCUGCAGGCCAUCAUCUAUCAGCUGGACAAAGCCAUAGAGAGUUUACAAACUCAAAAAGACGGCCUCAUAUUUAUUUACGACAUGACCAACUCCAGCUAUGGCAACUUUGACUAUGAGCUCUGUGUCAAAAUCCUCAAUUUGCUCAAAGGGGGCAUUCCAGCUCGUCUGAAGUGUGUCUUCAUUGUAUCAUCACCUCUUUGGUUCCGCGCACCUUUUGCAGUCCUCCGCUUAUUUGUGCGCGAGAAGCUGAGAGAAAGGGUGUGCACAGUGAAAGCUCAUGAGUUGGCCGGUCACAUCCCCGUCUCUUCCCUCCCUGAACACCUGGGUGGGACGUCCCAGUAUAGCCACGUGGCUUGGAUCCAGUCCUGCGUUAACGCACACACAACGCAGAUCAGGCGUGACACACAAGAACAGGACUCCCACGACUGUGUGGGAGGCCUGCUGCGCUCCUACAGCUUAGAGUGCAGCAACACAAGCGCAGGCGCUACUCUGUCCCACACCCACAUAAACACACAGCUAGGUUCCGAGCUAGCCGUGGCUAACUCUAACUGCUACGACGAUACUAAUGCUAACCCACACAACCACUGCGGAGUGGUGGAGGGCAGGACUCAAGGCCAGGGGCAGAACCAGCAGAGCCCUCAGUCUGCUGCAAACAGGCGGCAGGGGAACCACCAACACUGGAACGGCUCCGCAGUGAGCGGGGACAACAUGGCGGUCAGCGGCUCGAGCCCCAACGCCAACAUUAAUGGUCGUGGCCGCCAAGCCCCUCCCCAAUCAGAUACGCCCCCCGACACACCGCUUUCCCAUAAAGAUGAUGGGGAUGAAGUGGAUGGACAGGUAGCAGACCCUGCCCAAAGCUCUCAGAACAACGAUGUUAAGGAGGAGGAGGAGGAAGAGGAGGAGGAGGAAGAGGAGGAGGAAGAGGAAGAGGGGCGUGCCCCUUUGCCCCAGAAAUCAUUGCCUCGACCCCCCCCACCAGCCCUCCCUCCCAGUCCCCUGCCUCUGUCUUCAUCGUGGGGUCCUGAUGAGGAGGACAGCUGCAUGGAGAUGUCUGUCCACAUGCCGGAGCAGGGAGGCAUGAAUGUGCCCGAUCUGGUGGAACACGUGAAGAGGAAGAAGAAGAAGGGAAUUUAUCAGGAGUACGAGGAGAUACGAAAGGAGCCCCCAGCAGGCACCUUUGACUACUCCAAAAAACUGGCAAAUCAGAUAAAGAACAGGUACAGCGAUGUUCUCUGCCUGGACCAGUCACGGGUGCGACUCUGCGAGCUCUGUGAUGACGAAGAUGAGACACCAGACUACAUAAAUGCCAGUUUCAUGGAUGGGUACAAGAGGGCCAACGCCUACAUCGCAACUCAGCGGUCCUUUGCCAAAACGUUUGGUGACUUCUGGCGCAUCUGGGAACAGAUGGUACUAUCAUUAUGUGUAACUGUGUCUCAGGGUGUGGAGCGCGGGCGUGUUAAGUGUGUCAGUCUGGCCUACUGGGAGGAUGGAAGGACUGAGCAGCACGGAUACUUCCUGGUCAGGAGCACACACGUCCAGGUGUUUCAGGACUUCAAACUCUCUCAUCUUGAACUUUACAACACACAGUCUGGGGAGCGACGGGAGGUGUGCCACUACCUCUAUGUCAGCUGGCCAGACUUUGGGGUCCCCAAAUGUGCUACAGCCAUGUUGGACUUCCGUGAGCAUGUCCUGAGGAGGAGAGAGGCUGCGGUCCAGAGCCUGGGCUCCAGCUGGACGGGCCCUCCAGGGGGCCCCCCUGUGGUUGUGCACUGCAGUGCCGGCAUUGGCCGCACAGGCACGUUCUGUACACUGGACAUCUGCCUGUCCCGGCUGGAGGACAUCGGCUCGGUGGACAUCCGUCAGACGGUGCGACGGAUGCGCACACAGAGGGCUUUCAGCAUCCAGACCUGGGACCAGUACUACUUCUGCUACAGCGCAGUCAUCGAGUAUGCCCAGCGGCAAUGGAAACUGAGCCCAGUGCAGUGGUCCGACUCAGACCUAGAGGACUGACAGCGAGUGAGGGACACACGUAGAAUAAAACGAGUGGGAUAGCCAACAUAAGCCGAAAUCAUAGAACGAAAGAAUGAAGAUCCAGAGGAGAAGAGCGAGAAAAUUAAAAAAAGACUGAUGAUGGAUUUUUAGUUUCGGCUCUCGAUGUAAAGACUCAGACUCCCACAGUUGCUCUUUUCCUUCGCAUGAAUUGAUGACGGGGGAGGUGGAGAGCUGGAGAUAUAACAUGCAGGGAGUGAGGACCGUGCAUUGCGUCACCGAUGAAGCAAGCUGUCCUGCCAAUUUCCGAGCCCCUUUUAUUUAGCAAACUGCGAGGGGACCUUGGCCUGCCCUGAACCUGUCUUGUUGACAAGAGAGUUGUACGAGUUGUAGCAUUUUUUUUAUAUUUGACUUGCACAUGAGUGAAUGACAACUUGAAAUCUUUCCCUUGAAGCCCUCCAAACCCCAGUCUUGUUCCUUUUUUUAUUUUAUUUCAUCCUUUUCAACCCUGAACAACUCUGUGUUGACAGAGGAAAUGCUUGUGUGAGCAAAUGGUCGUAAGCGACAGUAGAUCAGUGUGUGAGCCAUUUUGUCCGUUUCCGGUUUUUCUUUUUUUUUUCAUGUCCUUUUUUUUCUAUGGUGCAUUUUCUACUUGUGUUUCAUAUUUGUGCAAAUGUAGACUAACUUUUCAAAGCCAAAGUCCUCACCCUGAAUGCUUGGAUGUACUCCUUACUGAGAUAUUAUAGACUGAAGCCCAUGUAUAUUCUUGUAACAUACAUUUAUACAUUAUUGUGCAUAAUAACAACCUCUAAAAGAAGAGCAAAAAAAGCCUUGUUUAAUACAAAUUGACUUAACCAUCAGAAGAAAUAUCUAUGUAGCGAGCCAGGCUAUGACAAAAUACAGAAAAGAGUUCUGUUAUCAAAAAUGAUAUCUAUUGCCAAUCUGUGGGAUUUAUCAGGUCUUACAUCAUCUUUACUGUUGGAGCGUUCUGAUUGGACGGUCUCUUAAGUAAUUUGGCCUUAACUUGAUUCACUGCCUCGUCAUUCUCAGAUCGAAACCAUAUCUGAAACUGUAAACUUUAAUUUCCCCUUUUGUUCUUUCCCUUUUUAAAUCUUACUCCGUUAAUACCACAACUGUUGUUUUUAAUUCUCGGGGCAUAUUCUGCCUCAGAUAAUUGUGCCUUCAAGUUUCCUUGGCUUAAUGUCUCGCUAGUAUAGUAAUAACCACCCAAACGAGUUGCACUUGAAUAGUACACGUUGACUAUGUUCCAGACAGGACACCCACAUUUUGCCUAUAGUCCUGUACAUAGUGCACUACUUGUGAAUAACGGGAGAGUAGUGAGUAACCUGGGACUAAGCUCUGGUUUGAGACAUGGCUAUUCUCUUAUCAUUUGACCUCAGGGGGUAAUUCUAGUGUUUUUGCCUAGUGUCAAAGUUCCAUUUUGGGGUUUGCCUCUGGUAAAUUAUCAUUUAAGAAAAAAAAGUAUAUCAACUUUAUUUUGUAUUUUUUACUGUAUUGUAUCCUACUAUAUUUAUGUCUUUGUAAAACUUCUACAAUAUUGAAAUCAGUGAAUGUUGGUACGAGGCUACAAAGAAAACAGAGUAGUUAAAGCAUUUGAUAAGCUGAACAAAUCAGAUGGGGAGUGAAAUAUAUAUUUUUUGUUUUCACAAUGAGAUUUUGGUGGAAAGUUUCACUUGCCAUUGUAUUUUCAGAACUGACUUGUAUAAAUGGUGAUUGUUCAAUUCUAGGAAAUAGAGGGGGGGGGGGGGUCAGGGGAAGCUAACAAGUAUGUUUCUUAUUGUUAAACUCAAUAACAAUUAACUUCUUUUUCGUCUGGUACCCAAUGCCAAGGACAAGACAAAAGAGAGCUACCAAGACAACAAAAAGAGCAAAAAAAAUACAAGCAGCUGCCAUUUUUGUUCACAGAAGUCCAGCCUGGUGUCUAUGAGUACAAAAAUAUAUUUAUAAAGGGUAAAGGUUUAUCAGCAUGGAAAGCGAGCCUUGAAUGUUUUCUGGAUAAUGGAGUCCGAGCAAUUAAGUCAGACAGACGGUGAUAUUGUUGGUGAAUGUGGACCCUGCAUCCCUCAAUACCAAAGGCCCAGGCUCACCCUAAACAAUCUUUCCUAUCACACAGCAACAAGUGCAAACAAGCAUGGACCUACCAAUGCAGCCUUGCAUCCACGGACACAAAGACUGGAGCACCUCGGGAACAUUACUAAAGAUUUGAAGAUACAAAAUGGGAGAUUGUGUGUGUAAAAGACUGGCCCCAAUGCUACAAUAAUUAGUUGUAUGAGAAACAGAAUGCCACAUGCGUUUGUCAUCGGUGUUCAUUUAAUGUUUUCUUAUGUGCUUUAAGUUCUCGUGAAUUAUGGCCUUUUACAUGUCAGCCCGGCUGUCCCAUUAAAGCAACGGUAUUACUAUCUUGAA